AUGACCUCGAGCAAGACACAUACCUACAACUUUGCUCUGCAAAAGUACAUGCUUCUGCAGGAGCAGCAUGAGGAACUCUCCAGCCACCUCGACCAGAUUCGGCCGCGCAAGGCGUCAGUCACGAGCGUCUCAACUCGAUCAUCCAGCACUUCGUCGAUAUCGACAUCACCAAGGCGAUACUCGGGGAGCGGUGAAUGUAAAUUUGGUCGCACUCGGGCCCGCUGCGGCCGAGACGCUGCUGGCCCCGGAUCCCUGGGCACAAUUCUAGACGAAGAAACCAUACAUGCCAUCUCUGCUGAAGAGCAGCGCCUGUUUGACGUCAACGAGAGCAUUAAACGCGCCCUGACAGAACUCCUCAACUGUGACGCAGUGCGCGGCAACAACUCGAUGCGCAUGUGGGCGCAAGUCAGAUUAAUGGAGACGGAGAAGGAACUUCGCUCAGGUCGUCGACGCAGGAGCUCUCCCUGCAUGGAGUGA